UAAUGGCCGGGGUCUCCCGGCCCCGCUGCGCGGUUGUGGGGGCGCCGCUCCCCCGCUCUCGGGCCGCGGGGCGGGCCGGGCCGGGCCGGUUCCCCGGGCAACGGCGGCCGGGCGACGUCAGCGGCUGGCGGGGCCGGAGGCCCGGCGCGGGCGGGGAGCUCGGCGGGCGGGCAGCGCCUCUGCAGCCGCGGCGCGGGCCGGGGCAUGAGGCUGCGCAUGGAGCCGGCGGCGGCCGUGCCGGGCAACCUCUCCCGCGGCGGCGGCAAUGAGAGCGGCGGGGCGGCGGCGGGGUGGUCUGCGGCGGCGGGGUGGUCUGCGGCGGCGCUGGCCUCGCAGGCGCUGGCGCUGCUGCUCAUCUUCGCCCUCUCGGCGCUGGGCAACGGGGCGGUGGUGCUGGUGAUCGCCCGGCACCGGCAGCUCCGCACGGUCACCAACGCCUUCGUGUUGUCGCUGUCGCUGUCGGAGCUGCUGGGCGCCCUGCUCUGCCUGCCCCUGACCUUCCUCAGCCUCCUCAGCCGCCCGCCCGGCGCCUGGCUCUUCGGGCAGCGCCUCUGCUUGGCCAGCGCCGCCCUCCACGCUGGGCUGGGCAUCGCCGCCACCCUCACCAUGGCCCUGCUCUCCUUCGACCGCUACUGCGCCAUCGUCCGCCAGCCCCGACACAAGAUGGGCCGCCGCCGUGCCGCUCAGCUCCUGGCCGCUGUCUGGCUGGCCGCCCUGGCUCUGGCCGGACCCUGGUACGGGCUGGCGGGCGAGGGGCAGCGAGAGGCCCGGCCCGGGGCCUACCGCUGCGUCUACGUGCUGCCCUGGGGCUCCUCCCGGCUGGGCCCACCCUACGGCGCGGCCCUCAUCGUGCUCUGCUACCUCCUGCCCUUUGCCCUCAUGUGCUUCUGCCACUACAACAUCUGUCGGGCCGUGCGGCUGGCCGAGAGCCGCGUACGGCCCCUCACCACCUAUGGACACCUGCUGCGGGCCUACGGGGAGAUGCGCACAGCCACCACCGUCCUCAUCAUGAUUGUCUCCAUCAUCUGCUGCUGGGGGCCCUACUGCAUCCUGGGGCUGGCUGCUGCUGCUGGCCGCCUGCCCUUCUCGCCUACCAUGGACGCCGUAGCCAGCGGGAUGGCUUGGGCCAACGGCGCCAUCAACCCCCUCAUCUACGCUGCUCGGAACCCCAACAUCUCCGUCCUGCUGCGGCGCAGCCGUGAGGGCGGCUACAGGACUAGGAACAACGUGGCGGCCUACCUCUCAGUCUCAGCCCGCCAGCCGGAGCCCCGGAGCCGGGCUGACCGCGUCCGAGAGCGCUACGUCAACCGGCACAGUGGCCCCCCAGGCAGUGCCCCGUCCUCCUCCAGCCCAGCGAGCGGGGGAGAGGUGGCCAUGUGGGCCUGCAAGAACCCCGCUGUACUCUUCUGUCGCGAUGGGCAACCGGACACCAUCUCUGAGGCUGCCUUACAGGCCAAAGCAGACACCGUCGACACCAGCCUCUGAAGAGAUGGGGGUCCAGGAUGGAGGCAUCAGGCCCCGGGGCCGUCUCCCUGCGGAAAUGCGGAGAGCCCCGGCACUUGGAGCCCUUUGCAGCCAGACUACCAUGGAAUUGGAGAGAUGGGACUGUGUGAGCCAUGGUAUGGGUUCUCCAUUGUGUGAGCUCUGGUUUGGCGACCCAGUCUGUGAGCAGCGAGAGCUCCACAGGGAAAGGAAGGCCCCCAUUCCCUUUCAGCAGGCCUGACACACUGGUGAUAGCCGCUGAGCCCAGCCAGUGCAAGAGCUUGACUGCAAGAACAAACCAGUGUUUGCUCCAGUCCUGCAGAAAGUGCCACAGUGAAUCUAAGAGACAGACACAGAAAUACAGCCCAAACUGACUGUGUGAGCUGUUUGUUAAGUACAGUCAGCUUAAAAUACUAUGAAUAUGAGAAAUGAGAGUUCUUCAGACAGACUGAGGAAAAGGCUGUGGGUGUAGACUAUGGUAACACUGAGUUUGUGCACAAGGUGUGUGUUUUCUUUUUGAGCUCAUCUGAAGUGUCUCACAUCUCUAUAACCGUGUUUAGAAGAGCCAUGCAAGAGGGGUGAGUAUUUGAAGGGUGAGAUAAAGCAAUACCAUGUGCUCUUUGAUGCUGUUAAGCAGGUGGAAAUGUGUAUAUGCAGAGAACAGAUACUAUUGUAUUUAUGGCAGCAAUCCAUCUGCAGUAUAAUAUUUAAAAAACAGCUCUGUUUGCCAUUGAAAAAAAGGAAAAUACCACAAUGGAAGUGUGAUUGCACGGCAUAAAUUCAUAUGAAUUUGUCAGUACAAUUUUUUUUUUCUAAAGGCCUAAAGCCUUAAAUUAGUAUUUUGAAUCAGAAACUAAGAUUGGGCCUUCCUUUAUGUUUGCCAGAGUUAAAUGUGAAAGACAGGCAGUGUUUUCCUUUGUACAGGCUUUAAAAAUAUGUUACUGUUUUACCGGCUUUUUCAACUCUUUGUGACCCAAAUGAACAUACUGUCAUCAUUUUGUAAGUUAUAAGAAAUAAAUU